CCAACCGAGGAGGAGAAUAUGCUAACGAUUGGUCACGAGGUUCGCCGACCUGGGAAGUACCUGGGCGACGCCCCUGUCACAAUUCCGGUGCCUGAGGAGUUGGAGACGACUCCCGGUAUCCCCAUGAACCAGCGCGAGGUUGACUGGUACUCCCGGGAAUAUCCCGUCGAGACCAUGAACAUCACCGAGCGCGCUUCCCGCGACUGGGCCAACACCAUGCGCGACCAGCACGCCGAAAUGCGUGAGAUCCGCAAGGAGCACGACAAGCUCAAUCGCAACUUGGUCAUGGCCGCCCGCCUGACCGGCGAGUUGGACCCCACGUCCGACGCCAACGGCGAGGACGUCACCGAAGUCAUCAAGCAGAAGGCUCGCGAGCUCGGUUUCGUCGAAGUCGGCAUCACCGCCUUUGACAUCCGGUACGUGUACCAGAGCAAGAAGGACUGGGUCCGUUUCCCCCACGUCAUCUGCCUGGCCUACGAGCAGGACUUCGAGCCCACCCAGACCAUCCCCAGCAUCGACGCUGAGAUCGUGCACUCCAGCACGUAUCGCACCGAAGGCGCUGCCGGUCUGGAACUCGGCAACUUCGUCCGCGGCCUCGGCUAUCGCGCCCAGGUUCACAGCCCCAACGACAACACCGGCCCCUAUAUCCCGAUGUUCGUCGCCGCCGGUCUCGGCCAGCUGGGCGCCUGCGGCUACCUGCUGACCCCCCACGUCGGCUCCCGCUGCCGCAUCAUGAUGAUCACCACCGACGCCAACGUCACCUAUGACGCUCCCGUCGACUACGGCAUCCACGCGUUCUGCCAGGUGUGCCAGGUCUGCGUGAACCGCUGCCCGGGCCGCGCCCUGAUGCGCGACAAGAUCUGGUGGCGCGGAAUCGAGAAGAACAAGCUCUACUUCAAGCGCUGCCGCCCCGUCAUGGCUCGCUACCUCGGCUGUGGCGUGUGCAUGAAGGUUUGCCCGAUCCAGAAGUACGGGAUGGAAGCCACCAUGCAGCACUACGCUGCCACCGGCCAGGUCCUCGGCAAGGGCACCCAUGACCUCGAAGGUUACAACAUCGAGGGCAAGGGCUACUUCGGCCCCGGCGAACUCCCCAUCUUCGAGCCCGGCUUCUUCGACAUGCCGCACGGCGACACUUCCGAGUGGGCCUUCGACCAGUUGAAGGACGCUGCCAAGGCCAACGGCGGCGAGAUCUCCGACGAGAUGAUCGCUUCCUUCCGGUCCGAUGUCAUCCGUGGCUUGGGCCAGAGCACCGACAACGUCGACAUGAUGUACGAGGAGGAAGACUACAUCUAA